GAUGGUCCGCUGUGGCGACCCCUAACGGAAGAAGCUGAAAGAAAGUUAUAACUUGGUCUUUAUUAGGGCCAAUGAAUAUCUAAACGCAUAAAUAGCAUAAAAUAUGAUAAUACAAAACACAAUUAAGAAACAUACAUGGCAUCUAACAUGCUAUAAUUUCUUGUCCUCUUCAUUUAAUAUUUGCAAAUGACUGCUGCAGUAAUUUUUGCUCUAAACUUCAUCAUUCAGUGACUUUAGCUUAGUGUUCUUUACAUUUCUGCAUCAGAACGGCAAUCCAUUAUUGCAUUGAGAUAAGUACACAACAAUUAUGAUAAAUAGUAAUUGUGUUUUCAUUUUUGUGUGCAGUCAUUUUGGUAAUCUUAAGUACCAUUUGCUAUCUGCUAUCUACUGCAAACACUACCUCUGCCAUGUUUUGGGAGUUUGAGGGUCAACUGUGAGUAUUUAAAAGAGCAAGCCCUGUGGUACGCUCUUUGUGCACAGCAACAAUGGGCAAGGUAGCCUUGGUUUCAGCAUUGGCCCUGCUGCUUCAAAUGCAGCUUGGCUCAGCCUACAUUUUAUCAUGCUACUUCACAAAUUGGGCGCAGUAUCGCCCUCCUCCCACCAUCUACAUGCCCAAUAACAUCGACCCCUGCCUGUGUACCCAUCUUCUCUACGCUUUUGCCACCAUGACCAAUGACUACAAAAUUGCUACGUAUGAGUGGAAUGAUGUGGAGCUCUACAGCCAAUUCAAUGCCCUGAAGGACAAGAACGGCAACCUGAAAACUCUGCUGUCAGUUGGUGGGUGGAACUUUGGCUCCUCGGGGUUUUCUGCCAUGGUAGCCAGUGCUGCGAACCGCCAGACUUUCAUCAAUUCUGUCAUUGUUUUCCUGAGAAAGUAUGAAUUUGAUGGAUUGGACAUUGACUGGGAGUACCCAGCCAACAGGGGAAGCCCACCACAAGAUCAGCAACUGUACUCAGUUCUGUUAGCUGAAAUGAGAAGUGCAUUUGAGGCAGAGGCCAAACAGACCAACAGAGCCAGACUGCUGAUGUCCGCUGCUGUCUCAUCAGGUCGAGGCACCAUUGACACUGCUUACCAGAUUCCUCAGCUUGGACAAUCACUGGACAUGAUUAAUGUUAUGACCUAUGACAUGCAUGGAUCAUGGGAUCCUUUCACAGGAGAGUGCAGCCCCCUGUACAGGGAUUCUUUUGACAGUGGAUCCUACAUCUACUUUAAUGUGGACUAUGCAAUGAAUUACUGGUUGAACAAUGGUGCUCCUGCAAAUAAGCUUCUUGUUGGGUUUCCCACCUAUGGCAACACAUUUACCCUAAAAAACCCUGCCAACCAUGGAAUUGGAGCUCCAAUCUCUGGAGCUGGAACACCAGGAAAAUACACUCAGGAAGCUGGGGAACUGGCUUAUUUUGAGAUCUGUACCUUCCUGCAAGGGGGCGCAACUGAGGUGUGGAACUCUCAACAAGACGUGCCCUAUGCCUAUCAGGGAAACCAAUGGGUUGGCUAUGACAACAUGAAGAGCUUCCAGAUGAAGGCUGAGUGGCUGAUGAAAAGCAACUUUGCUGGUGCUAUGGUGUGGACCAUUGACAUGGAUGACUAUUUGGGAACUUUCUGCAACCAGGGCAAAUAUCCUCUAAUUAAUGUGCUUCACAAGGCCUUGAAUCUGGACCAACAACCCUGCAAUCCUCCUGCAACUCCACUUCCACCAAUACCAGGAGUGAGCACCACAACCGCUAGUGCAAGUGGAGGAAACUCUGGCAGUGGAAGCUCCAGCAGUGGAAGCUCCAGCAGUGGAAGCUCCAGCGGCAUGAACAGCUCCUUCUGCGCUGGUAAAGCCAACGGUCUGUACCCAUUCGCUGCCAACAGCAACAAGUUCUACGAGUGCAACGCAGGCCAGACUUAUUUCCAGCAAUGUGCAACCAGCCUGGUGUUUGACACAAGUUGCUCAUGCUGCAACUGGAGCUAAAGGCUUAACACAUUAUUACAUGGCUGACUUUAUCCUGCUGUUCUGAUUCCUUUAUUUUCUGAUAAUAAAAGUAAAACUGUCCCAAUAAUUAGCUGUAAGAAGUAUGUUGUGUGAAUUGUAGGAAAUGGCGAAAUAGAUUCACAGCCCACAAGCUGCUUCGGUUUAAAAAGCGACACUUAUUUACUUCCUUUGUGCUCAGGAUUGAAGAAUCGGCUAAUAAAGCAUAUGAAACGGCUCUGCGUAUCUUUCUCGAAUUGUAACAUGUUGAAACUUUCUGGUUGAGGCUCUGGAUUACUGAUAAGAAAGGUCAGAGGUUCAAGCCACAGUAUCACCAAGCUUUCACUCUUUGGCCCUUGAGCAAGGCCCUUAACAUUCUGUGCUUCAGGGGCAUCUUCCUAGCCAAAUUUGAUAUGCCAAGAAAGAAUUUCACUGUGCUGUAAUGCAUAUGACAAGUAAAAAGCCUAUUUCUUUCUAAUGAAAAAAAAGCUAUACUAAACUUUUCCUAGUGCUAACUUUAAAGCCCAUUUUUCACUUGAAGUUGUGGAUAUUGUUUAUCUUUAAGGUUCAUAAACAGGCAUCCUUGAUGUUAGUAUACCAAGGAUCUGGGAGGUACAGUUUUGAUUUGAGUGUAGAUGUUAUUGCAUUGAAAAUCCUUCAUGAUCACACGAUCCCAGAUCGGGAUCUCGCAAAGAACAGUUCGGCCAUCCAAUCCUGAUUUUACGGGCAUCUUUAAGCCUCUCAGUCCCAUCCCACUUUCUACAAACACUAAACGCCUCCUGGCUGCAACAGGCCAGGCGCAAUGCUCUCAACAGUAGCUGGCUAGCUAGUGAGCUACCAUUCAUCGAUAGGCAGAACCAGCAUUAUUGUGCUUAGCCAAAAUCUGAUCAUUUUUCUCAACCAAAACGUGGUUAUACUUAAAAAAAACAAGGCGUAGGUUUUUCCGGAUCUAGGUUAUUAUUCGGAUAACGUUAAGCAAACGAGUUAGCCUAGCCUGUUGGAAACUACCUGGCUUGGAGUCGCUACAUACCUUAGCACACCAGUGGCUGCUCGCUCGGUGUAACCGAACCUGCCGCCAAAUAUCCCUCUGACAUUACUGGGACGCCGAAAAAGCACCGUUACGGACUCCGAUCUGCAGAAUGGCGAGGCCUUCGAGG